ACAAAUUAUUAUUAUUAACAAGCGCUAAACACGUCUUAAGCUUCUGACUAAGACUCCGUUGUCUCAGCACUCACUCAGACACUGACAAGAGCUUCCAUGGAAGAACCAAAACCACCACCGCCAGCAGCAGCAGAGAACGCACCUGCCCAAGUUACAAAUCCACCACCGCCAGCAGCAGCAGAGAACGCACCUGCCCUAGUUACAAAUCCACCACCGCCAGCAGCAGCAGAGAACGCACCUGCCCAAGUUACAAAUCCACCACCGCCAGCAGCAGCAGAGAACGCACCUGCCCAAGUUACAAAUCCACCACCAGACACUCCACAAACUGUGCCUGCCCAAGUUACAGAUCCACUACCAGACACGACACAAACUGUGCCUGCCCAAGUUACAGAUCCACCACCAGACACGACACAAACUGUGCCUGCCCAAGUUACAGAUUCACCACCAGACACUACACAAACUGUGCCUCCUCAAGCUCCUCCUCCACCUUCUCUUCCUCCUAAAACCACCAAGAAAAGACCUCUUGACAACAAUGGACAACUCCAAAACUCCAACUACUACAAGAUGCGUUUUGUUCUUAAAGAUCUUCGUCCUCAUUUUAUCGAGGUGUUGCGGACACCUGACUUUCGAAAUUGCAAAGUAACUCAUGAAAUUCGGGAAAGUAAGCCAUCAACUUGCUUAUCUAGUUCUCAUAAUUACUUGUAAAAGUUGUCCAUAAAUUCGGAUGCUAUCUUCAUGUUAGUAUGCUUAAGCUGAUUUGA